GGGGGGGGGGGUGCCCGGGCUGACUGUGUACAGUGACAACAGGGGCUGAGCCCCGGGAAGGAAGCCAUCCCCCAGGCGGUCUCUAUUUGUCCAUAAACACAGUCCACCCCACGCCCCAGGGCGGAGGAGGGGCAAAGAAACCAGCCCAGCUGGAGCUGCCUUCCCACUGCUUUCCUGGCAGGGGGCACUCCCAGGCACCCAGGCACACCACCUCCUCCUCAUAGGCUCCAUCUCCCUCCCAGCACCACCCCCUGAGUUGUUUCCACAGCAAGUGAAAGGAUGAAAAUGCAACCUAAAACCCCCAAGACCCCAAGAAGAUAAUAAAGAAAAAGCCCUAGAUGCCCCUGAAUUCCAGAAACUCAUCCCUGCCAAGUAAAUACGUCACACUUGUUGUUGCAUCGGGGCCUGUUUUACGUCCUUUCACCUAGUUUUUUUCUAUGAAACUGGGUGGGAGGAUGUGAAACAGGCCUUGGGUGAGACUGCUGGCCUAAGCAAGGUAACAGGAUCUGAGUUGACUAAACGCUUAUCUGGCUUCUGUAAAACUGCUUGCAAAUAUUGAUUGCACAACUGCAAAAUGACACACCACCCACGAGCCCGCGCUAAUAUAGACCUCCUGAUUGGUCCUCAGAACGCGUACUUUAAAAUGAUUCGUCUUCCAGGCGCGGGCUCUUGAUGCGCGAGCUUUGUUGUGAACCCCAUAAAAGCUGUCCGCACUCGGGGCCGCAGUCCUCUACCCCUGCCUGGCAUACGACUGUGGGCCCCAGCGUGCUUGAAAUAAAAAUCCUCUUGCUGUUUGCAACAAGACCGCUUCUCGUGAGUGAUUUGCAGUGUCGCCUCUUCCGAGUCCAGACGAGGGGGAUUUUCCUUCUCCUGGCCUUUUCAUUUGGUGCGUUGGCCGGGAAUACCCCGCGACCACCCCUCACACCCGAGAACCGACUUGGAGGUAAAGGGAUCCCCUUUGGAACGUGUGUGCCAGCCGGCGUCUCUGUUCUGAGUGUCUGUUUUCUGUGAUGCGCGCUUUCGGUUUGCAGCUGGAGGACUGUGAUCAGCAGACGUGCUAGGAGGAUCACAGGCUGCCGCCCUGGGGGACGCCCCGGGAGGUGGGGAGAGCCAGGGACGCCUGGUGGUCUCCUACUGUCGGUCAGAGGACCGAGUUCUGUUGUUGAAGCGAAAACUUCCCCCUCCGCGGCCGUCGGACUCUUUUGCCUGCUUGUGGAAGACGCGGACGGGUCGCGUGUGUCUGGAUCUGUUGGUUUCUGUUUCAUGUGUCUUUGUCUUGUGCGUCCUUGUCUACAGUUUUAAUAUGGGACAGACAGUGACGACCCCCCUUAGUUUGACUCUCGACCAUUGGACUGAAGUUAAAUCCAGGGCUCAUAAUUUGUCAGUUCAGGUUAAGAAGGGACCUUGGCAGACUUUCUGUGCCUCUGAAUGGCCGACAUUCGAUGUUGGAUGGCCAUCAGAGGGGACCUUUAAUUCUGAAAUUAUCCUGGCUGUUAAAGCAAUCAUUUUUCAGACUGGACCCGGCUCUCAUCCUGAUCAAGAGCCCUAUAUCCUUACGUGGCAAGAUUUGGCAGAGGAUCCUCCGCCAUGGGUUAAACCAUGGCUAAAUAAACCAAGAAAGCCAGGUCCCUGAGUUCUGGCUCUUGGAGAGAAAAACAAACACUCCGCCGAAAAAGUCAAGCCCUCUCCUCGUAUCUACCCUGAGAUUGAGGAGCCGCCGACUUGGCCGGAACCCCAACCUGUUCCCCCACCCCCACCCCCUUAUCCGGCACAGGGUGCUGCGAGGGGACCCUCUGCCCCUCCUGGAGCUCCGGCGGCGGAGGGACCUGCUGCCGGGACUCGGAGCCGGAGGGGCGCCACCCCGGAGCGGACAGACGAGAUCGUGACAUUACCGCUGCGCACCUAUGGCCCUCCCAUGCUGGGGGGCCAAUUGCAGCCCCUCCAGUAUUGGCCCUUUUCUUCUGCAGAUCUCUAUAAUUGGAAAACUAACCAUCCCCCUUUCUCGGAGGAUCCCCAACGCCUCACGGGGUUGGUGGAGUCCCUUAUGUUCUCUCACCAGCCUACUUGGGAUGAUUGUCAACAGCUGCUGCAGACACUCUUCACAACCGAGGGGCAAGAGAGAAUUCUGUUAGAGGCUAGAAAAAAAUGUUCCUGGGGCCGAUGGGUGGCCCACGCAGUUGCAAAAUGAGAUUGACAUGGGAUUUCCCUUGACUCGCCCCGGUUGGGACUACAACAGGGCUGAAGGUAGGGAGAGCUUGAAAAUCUAUCGCCAGGCUCUGGUGGCGGGUCUCCGGGGCGCCUCAAGACGGCCCACUAAUUUGGCUAAGGUAAGAGAGGUGAUGCAGGGACCGAACGAAGCUCCCUCGGUAUUUCUUGAGAGGCUCAUGGAAGCCUUCAGGCGGUUCACCCCUUUUGAUCCUACCUCGGAGGCCCAGAAAGCCUCAGUGGCCCUGGCCUUCAUAGGGCAGUCGGCUCUGGAUAUCAGAAAGAAACUUCAGAGACUGGAAGGAUUACAGGAGGCUGAGUUACGUGAUCUAGUGAAAGAGGCAGAGAAGGUGUAUUACAAAAGGAAAACAGGAAAAUAUUCAAAAGUGGAUAAAUGGUAUGAGUUGGGGAAUAGUUUUUUGGAAAUGGGGAGGGGGAGCAGGAUCCACUCUAACCAUUCGCCUUAGGGUAGAGCCGGAGACGGAACCUCCUGUGGCGGUGGGACCUAACAAAGUACUGGCCGAACAGGGGCCCCCGGCCCUGGAGCCACGCAACUUGCCGGUGCCCCACUUAACCCCGCUGCGGCCUAACACAACGCAGCCACCUGGCAACAGUACCGCUGGAUUGAUUUCCUACUAACACAGGACAGAGACUAUUCAGUCUCAUCCAGGGAGCUUUCCAAGUCCUCAACUCCACCGACCCCGAUGCCACUUCUUCCUGUUGGCUUUGUCUAUCCUCAGGGCCUCCUUAUUAUGAGGGAAUGGCUAGAGAAGGGAAAUUCAAUGUGACCAAAGAACAUAGAAAUCAAUGUACACGGGGGUCCCGAAAUAAGCUUACCCUCACUGAAGUUUCCGGGAAGGGGACAUGCAUAGGAAAAGCUCCCCCAUCCCACCAACACCUUUGCAAUAGUACUAUGGUUUAUAAGCAGGCCUCAGAAAAUCAGUAUUUAGUACCUGGUUAUAACAGGUGGUGGGCAUGCAAUACUGGGUUAACUCCCCGUGUUUCUACCACAGUCUUUAACCAAUCCAAAGAUUUCUGUGUCAUGGUCCAGCUCGUCCCCCGGGUAUACUACCAUCCUGAGGAAGUAGUCAUCGAUGAGUAUGACCAUCGACCAACCCGUUCAAAAAGAGAGCCCGUGUCCCUUACCCUAGCUGUCAUGCUUGGAUUAGGAGUGACCGCCGGUGUGGGGACCGGGGCAGCUGCCCUGAUCACAGGACCACAGCAGUUAGAAAAAGGACUUGGCGCGCCACAUGCGGCCAUGACAGAGGAUCUUCGGGCAUUGGAGGAAUCUGUUAGCAACCUAGAAGAAUCCCUGACCCCUUUGUCUGAGGUAGUCCUACAGAACCGGAGGGGAUUAGAUCUGCUGUUCCUAAAAGAAGGUGGGUUAUGUGCAGCCUUAAAGGAAGAAUGUUGCUUCUAUGUAGACCACUCGGGAGCCAUCAGGGAUUCCAUGAGUAAGCUUAGAGAAAGGUUAGAGAGACGUCGAAGGGAAAGAGAGGCUGACCAGGGGUGGUUUGAAGGAUGGUUCAACAGGAUGGUUGAAGGAUGGUUCCUUGGAUGACCGCCCUGCUUUCUGCUCUGAUGGGACCCUUAGUGGCCCUGCUCCUGUUGCUCACAGUUGGGCCUUGUUUAAUCAAUAGGUUUGUUGCCUUUGUUAGAGAGCGAGUGAGUGCAGUCCAGAUCAUGGUACUUAGGCAACAAUACCAAGGCCUCCCAAGCCAAGAAGAAACUGAUCUUCAGCCUUCCCAGUUCUAAGAUUAGAACUAUUAACCAGAGAAGACGUGGGGAAUGAAAGGAUGAAAAUGCAACCUAAAACCCCCAGGACCCCAAGAAGGUAAUAAAGAAAAAGCCCUAGAUGCCCCUGAAUUCCAGAAACUGAUCCCUGCCAAGUAAAUACGUCACACUUGUUGUUGCAUCGGGGCCUGUUUUACGUCCUUUCACCUAGUUUUUUCUAUGAACCUGGGUGGGAGGACGUGAAACAGGCCUUGGGUGAGACUGCUGGCCUAAGCAAGGUAACAGGAUCUGAGUUGACUAAACGCUUAUCUGGCUUCUGUAAAACUGCUUGCAAAUAUUGAUUGCACAACUGCAAAAUGACACACCACCCAGGAGCCCGCGCUAAUAUAGACCUCCUGAUUGGUCCGCAGGACGCGUACUUUAAAAUGAUUCGUCUUCCAGGCGCGGGCUCUUGAUGCGCGGGCUUUGUUGUGAACCCCAUAAAAGCUGUCCGCACUCGGGGCCGCAGUCCUCUACUCCUGCGUGGCGUACGACUGUGGGCCCCAGCGCGCUUGAAAUAAAAAUCCUCUUGCUGUUUGCAACAAGACCGCUUCUCGUGAGUGAUUUGGGGUGUCGCCUCUUCCGAGUCCAGACGAGGGGGAUUUUCCUUCUCCUGGCCUUUUCACAAGCUGGACUAUGUUCUGUAAACUCCAGUUCCCCCUAGCCAGGUAGCCCCCAGCAGUAGGACAGGUGUCCAGCCAUUAUUGCACCUGUGGGUGGGGGGAAGUGGGGGGGUGAGAGGGGAGGCCAGUGGGGAGCAAAGGUGAGGCUGUGUGCAUGCUUUUCCUGGCCCCUGGUAUAGUCAGAUCCGCCCCCAUGGGGUCGAGGGAGAGGUCAGGGCCCGUGGAUCUCUAGGAGUCUUACAUGGUUUAUGGAUCUGGGGACCGGGUUUUUUUUGUUUGUUUGUUUGUUUGUUUUUUAGGGCCACACCUGUAGCAUAUGGAAGUUCCCAGGCAAGGGGUUGAACAGGAGCUACAGCUGCUGGCCUACUCCACAGCCACAGUAAUGCAGGAUCUAAGCGCAGCUGCGACCUACAUCACAGCUCACGGUGACACUGGAUCCUUAAACCACAGAGUGAGGCCAAGGGUCGAACCUACAUCCUCAAGGAUGCAGCCACGUUCAUCAGAGCCGAGCUACAGUGGGAACUCCUGGGACAUCGUUUCUUGCUUUCCUCCACCCCCCUUAACUUGGGCUGCCUAAUAGGUCCUGAGUCUCCUAGAGCCCUGGUUGCUCAGCCAAUAAGAAGCCGAAGCCUUGCCCCGCCCUUUUGUGGGUUUACCUUUGUGUAUAAAGCCUGAGGUCCCAGUCGGUUGGCCCAUUAGGUUCACUAGCGGAAUCCAGUGCUGAGCUCUUUGUGACACAGCUGGUCCUGCCCCCUUUCCAAGAUGCUCUUUUGGCACAACCAGCCAGAGCACCUGUGGCCCAGCCCCGGGGAACUGUAUCCCAGGCCGCCAAGCUUGCUCAGGGAGUCCUUGCCCUUGCCCUACCUGAAGCAGGAAGAGCUGCCCAGCAUCCCCAGCGCGGAGCCACCCUGCCCUGUGUUCCAGUAUGUGCUCUGUGCAGCCACCUCGCCGGCAGUGAGGCAGCAGGAGGAGACCCUCACCUACCUGAACCAGGGCCAGUCCUAUGAGGUGCAGAUGCUCUGCAACCCCAAGCUGGGCGAUGCCACCCAGGGGCCCCAGCUGCUGAAGAGUGUAGUGCGUGUGGUUUUCCACGACCGGCGCCUGCAGUACAUGGAGCAGCAGCAGCUGGACGGCUGGAGGUGGAGCCGGCCUGGGGACCGCAUCCUGGACAUAGAUGUGCCACUGUCUGUGGGGGUGAUAGAACCCCAAGUGUUGCCCUCGCAGCUCAACUCGGUGGAGUUUUAUUGGGACCCAACUAAGAGGACCUCCCUCUUCCUGCAGGUUCACUGCAUCAGCACCGAGUUCACUCCUCGGAAAAAAGGUGGAGAGAAAGGCGUCCCGUUCCGCCUCCAGAUCGACACUUUUAAGCCGGGUGACAAGGAGCUUCCGCCUGAGCACCUGCAUUCGGCUGGCUGCCUCAUCAAGGUUUUUAAGCCCAAAGGAGCUGACCGGAAACUGAAAACUGACCGGGAGAAGAUUGAGAAACAGCCUGUGCACGAGAGAGACAAGUAUCAGACUGGCUGCGACAGCACCGUCUUCAUGGAGUGUUCACCGUGGCCAGAGCCCAGUUUGGGCCCCCACCUGCCUCUGAGCCCUCUUGCUCUGACUUCCCCUCAGUCCUGCAAGUUCCUGUCCCUGGAGAGGCUCUGCUCCUCACCACCAUUCGCCUUGGACACUUUGGGGGCAAGCCCAGCUCAGGACCUGAACCCUGGAGCCUCCAUCCUAGAGACACAGCAGUGGUUACAUAGGCACCGGUUCUCCAGCUACUGCCAGUUGCUGGCCAAUUUCACUGGCACUGAUCUGCUGAAGCUUACCCGCCAGGACCUUAUCCAAAUUUGUGGGGCUGCCGACGGGAUUCGCCUUUUCAAUACUCUUAGAGCCAGGCCCAUCUGUCACCGGCUGACCUUGUAUGUCGCUCAGGCGGCCUCAAGACAACAGAAUGAGGUUCCUAAGAACCCUGACUCAGGCUUUUAUCAAGAGGUCUCUCUGGAUGAACUCAGUGCUGAUGAGCUCCUGGGGAAACUGGCUGAGAUCCUGGCCCUCCCAGCCAAUCAGAUCCAUCGUCUUUGCCACCAGGGCCCUGGGGGCAUCCUCAUUCUCCUCAGUGACCAGGUGGUUCAGAAUAUUAAGGAUGAAUCCUACUUUGUGGCUGUGGUGAAGAAAGUGCAGAAUCCAGAUGGCUACUACCUGGUUCUGACCUAGGCCCAGGAGUGCCCGCUGCGAGAGGAGACUGGGGCCAGCCGGGUUCUCCUGGGUCCUGUGCUCACCAGAAGCCUUGUUAAAAUCCUCAGCUGCCUCAUGAGGCUCCAGGCCAAGAGCCAAAUCAUCCUGUGUGUCCUUGUCCUGGGGAGGGAACAAGUAGCCCCCGGGUUUAGGACACAGCCUCUCCCCUGUUAUGCUGAGAUGGCCAAGCUUGGGAGGUAAACAGCCUGGC